GGGUGAGUGCGCAGGAAUUGGAGUAUUUGAGCUGAUGGGGUUAGAGGAAGAAGCGCGGGGCGAGAAGAAUGGAUCUUCUUGUUUUACCCUGCUUCACUGUCGCUUCAGAGACCUAACGAGACAACUGUGAUGAAUCGUGGUAGUGGUCGCGAUAAAUUUGGUGGUGGUGGUAGUCGUAGCUUUGGUAGCCGAGGUGGUGGAAGCAGUGGUAACCGAGGAGGAAUGGGUGGUCGCGGGGGUCCACGGAGCUUUGGUGGCCGUGGCAGUGGAAUAAGUGGUGGUGGCCGUUUUGGUGGUAGCUUCGGUGACAGGAAAUAUGAUUUCGGAAGUCGUGGUGCUUCCGGCGGUAACAGUCUUCGCCCAAUUGAUUGGAGUCGUGAAAAUCUUCGACCAUUCGAAAAGAAUUUUUACCAUGAACAUUCUGCUGUUACACGUAGGGAACAGGUUGAAAUAGACAAGUGGUUUACAGAUAAUCAGGUUACUGUUGAAGGGAACGAUCUUCCUCGUCCAGUUUUUGAUUUUAAAGAAGCAGGUUUUCCGCAAGUUCUCACAGAUAUGCUUUUUGCAAAUUUUCAAAAACCAACAGUUAUUCAAUCAAUAUCAUGGCCAAUUGCAUUGAGUGGUAGAGAUAUGGUUUCAAUAGCAAAGACCGGUUCUGGAAAAACUUUCGCGUUCAUCCUUCCUGCAAUCGUUCACACAGCCGGGCAACCACCGCGAGGUCAUCAGAAGAGUCCAUCAGUAUUAGUGCUUUUGCCAACCAGGGAGUUGGCUCAGCAGGUCGAAGAAGUAGCAAAAGAUUACUGCAGGGCAACAGAACUGUCGAUAACAUGCUUGUUCGGUGGUGCUCCAAAAGCCGCUCAGGCCCGUGAUCUUGAAAGAGGUGUUGAUAUUAUAAUUGCCACACCGGGCCGUUUAAUGGAUUUUUUGGAAGUAGGUAAAACCGAUCUUCGACGCUGCACUUAUCUUGUGCUUGAUGAAGCUGAUCGAAUGUUAGAUAUGGGAUUUGAACCUCAAAUUAGGAAAAUUGUUUCACAGAUCAGACCCGAUCGACAAACGUUAAUGUUUUCGGCAACUUGGCCGAAAGAUGUUAGAAAAUUAGCAAUGGAUUUUUUGGCCGAUGCGGCACAUCUGAAUGUUGGUUCUCUGGAGUUAUCUGCAAAUCAUAAUAUAACGCAGAUUGUUGAAAUUAUUGAUGAAUCGAAUAAGCAGCAGCGUCUUAUGGCUAUUCUUAGUGACAUUAUGAAUAAGGAAGAUUGUAAAACCAUAAUUUUCGUGGAAACAAAGCGCAAAGCCGAUGACUUGACACGUUGGAUGCGACGAGACGGUUGGCCGGCUUUGUGUAUUCAUGGUGAUAAAGGUCAGUCGGAGCGUGACUGGGCACUCAGUGAAUUUCGAAGUGGGAAAACGCCAAUUCUCUUAGCAACUGAUGUGGCUGCUCGUGGACUAGUUUGGCCUCUCAGAGUUUGGAGGCUGGACACCUGUUGCACACGCAAAUUCAUCGACAAGGAUUGUAUUUGUUAUGGAUUCAGCUGCCACACGACACAGCUUCCUCAACUUGAUUACAAAGUGACGCACUUGAGAAUCCAGAUGUUGAUGAUAUAAAGUACGUCAUAAAUUUUGAUUAUUCAAAUAAUUCGGAGGACUAUGUUCAUCGUAUUGGGCGAACAGGACGACGUGAUAAAACUGGUAUUGCAUAUACAUUCUUCACCUAUGCAAAUGCUCCAAAAGCGAAAGAUCUGAUAAAAGUUUUGGAAGAGGCAAAUCAGAGUAUACCCCCAGAAUUACACCAGAUGGCGAAGGAUAACUUCAGUGGAGGACGUGGAAGAUAUGGCGGCGGUUACAAACGAAGCUAUGGUGGUGGCGGUGGUGAUUUCGCCAAGAGGCCCCGAUUUGAUGCACCAGCACGAAUGGGUUAUGGUGAUGGCUGGUGAGCAGUUUGCAUUCGGCCUUGGAUGCAUUCAUUCCCACAUGUCUAGGCACCAUCGUACCUAUUUCUUCGAGAUUCCUGGGUCAGAUACCACACGGCCCUUGGAAGAAUGUUUCGAGGAGACAUGUGUUGUUUAAAGAUCACAGGACAAUCAAUUUGGAAAAUGUUUUUGCAUUAUGUUCUUUAUUGUUCGUUUCGUAGUUAAAUGUGAAUUGUUUCUCUCUGUGUUUAUAUAUACUUGUGUCUGUUCAGUUUCGCUACUCCCAACACUGAGUCAUUGAUGAUCUUUAGAUAUAUUGGUAUCAAAUCUUGUUGUAACUGUAUUGAUGAAUCUUCCAUAUUGUCUGUUUGUUAUGAUCAUUUCAUCUUUCUAUAAUUGUAAUCAUCAAAGGCACUAAAGUACUGCUAUGAUAACAUAGCUGCUCACGUAAAGCUCCAAAAUUUUGUCUGGUAAAAAUUAUUUUCUAAAAUAAAUGAAAAAAUGAAUAGGCAUUGUGAAAGAAUUCGUAGAUUGUGAGGGAUGAGGCAGCCACCAACCCAUUAAUAAGCGGCAUUUCUUUUAAAGGUUAGAAAGGGUAAGGGUAAGUGUUCCAUUCCGAAUCCAACUGAGGAUCUUUUAACCCAAAUUUGGUUUGGUAUCUCAUAUAGCCGAAUGCUAGGCUUAUGUUGCAAAUACGGUUGAAAUAAAAG